UCUGUCAGUUACCAAGUAAAUGAAGGACAAACUGUUUUAUUUAGAGCAGAAUUUAAUUAGAAGUUUGAGAAAGAUGAUAAACAUCUAGGCUUCACACCAAAGAAACACUAGGAUCUCAUUAGCUUGACACCAAAAUAAUAUCCACACCUGGGAUAAUGCAAGACAUAUCAGCUAAUAGUUUGAUUAAAACCAAUGAUGCCUUUUUGUGAAUCAUUCAUUGUAAGACUAAUGAUGCCCUCCACAAUCCUACCCCUUGCCUUAUAAAAUAAUGAAAGUAACUACCCCAUCUUCUCUUAGGGCACACUUGCUUUACAGAAUGUCUAUUAAGGAGUUUGAAUCUUUAAGAUAAAUUGGAAUUUGAAUCUGUAAUGCAUUUGGUUGAGACAUGUAAUGGAAUGGAAUUCUUUGUUGGUUUCUGUUUGGUUUGUAAAUUUAUCAAAGGAUCGGAAUGUAAAGUAUAUAAAAUGACAGAACUAUCCUUUAUUGAAUUAUUUGUUAAUUCUUUCUCGUUUUAUCAAAAUGACUGAAAUACUGAAUUAAUUACCAUGUACCAGAUCUUUUUAUCUAUGAAACUUUAUUCUUAAAUCCUUUUACUGACAAAUAAAUCAAUUUUACUUGCAUGUAAAAGAAUUGAAAAUCAUGAGUUCAUGCCUAUUAAGGAGUUUUUAAUGUAUGUUUUGAUAUAAAAUUUAUUGUAAUUUGAUAAUUUUUACGCUAUGUAAUUUACAAAAAAGCAGAGAUGUAAAAAACGUUACAUUUACUCUCAUAACACAGGUAAAUGCAGUUUAAAUGUUUUGGUAAAAUAAAAAGUAAAAGGAAGUCAAAAAUAUCUAUAAUUUAAUUUAUUAUAAUGACAUUGGUAUAACGUAAAACUUGAAAAUCAUAUAACUUAAGUUUUUAUAUAAAUAUAAGAUAAUAAGAAAUUAAAUGAAAUUAGUGUACAUACAUUUGCAGGGAUGUGUUUUUUAUAAAAAAGUUUCCAAGGUUCAUUUAGUCUUAUUUAUUUAUCGAAGUUGAGGAAUGAAAUUUAGAUUCUUUGGUAAGGGUCAAUGGAUGAUAAAAUCAGUUAGCUAUGGAAUUUGAUGGAAAUCAAUCCCAUUGAUCUUUCAACCAAGCACGUUAUCGAUGAAAUUCUUCAUUCCAAUUUAUUCGGAUUUCUUCAGAAUCCAUGAACCAAAUAAUCAUGAUAAGACUACACUUUGACUUUACCAAAACUUUUAUAUCUUAAUUUGGAUUUAUAGAAGCAUGUGAUGCAAGUACAAUGUAAGUAUUAAAAAGAUCAUAUGGUGACACUCACGUUUAAUAUAUAUGACUGAUUAGUGACAUAAAGUCUUGUUGGGUCUAUUCAAGAUCUGAUCUUUAUCUAUGACUAUUAGUAUUAGAAAAGUUAGGCCUCUUUAAUGUAUUAUUUUCCCUUGAAGAAGGAUUAAUUGAAAUGUGAAUAUGAGUGACUGCUGCUAACGAGAAUAUAAUGGCUAGUUUAGAGAAUGAAUUUAUUUGUAGGAGUCACAUGACAUUACUGAAAAAAACAAAAUUUCAGUUAUGAUGGGAAGGAAAAAGAAACAGGAAUAUGAGAAAAAAAAAAAGAAAUUAGUUUUUCCUUGUUUAAGCUGUAGGGAGUUCAAGUGUGGUGUGAAUUCCACGACCUUUUGAUAUACUAAUAUUAAACUUAGAAGAAGUGUGGAGUACACACUUCUUCUAAAUUAAAAAUGGGCAUAUAAUAUAUUAUUACCUAAAUCCAUCAUUCCUUGAUGUGAGUGCUAUCCUACAAAGCUUUCCACCUUCGAGAGUGGUCUCUUUUGGCAUUGUGUAAUAUAGUAAAUUAGUUCUUUAAGCAUUUGAUUUAUUUAUAAAUGUUUUGUUAAGAUAUAUCAUUUGACUUAUUUCAGCUUUGUUGCUUUUGCUUAAACAUCUAAAAUGUUUACCUUUACAAUUAAAUCUGCAUACAUGCAUGAUGAUUUCCACUCUCCUUUCAUAUAUUUAUAUUAUUUUUCCACUACUUGUGGAUUCCACACUCCCUUCCAGUUUUCUAUUCGGGGCUUUUGGUUCCACUCACUUUCCAUAUAUUCUACUUAUCUUCCAAUCACUUGGGUUAUGUUUUACUGAUUUUAAUGUCAUUAUAUUGAUAAAAAUAUAAUAUAGUGCUUGUAAUAGUUAAUAUAUUAACCAUCUUAAUUUUUACUUCUUAUGAUAUGGGUUUGAUUUUUUUAUAGGUUUUGAUAAGUUAGAAAAAUAUAUAGUACAAAAGUAAAUUUAUAUAAUAACUAGACACUUUAACAAAAUAUAAAUCGAUUUAGCAUAGAAAGAUCUUUCUUUCCUAGGUUAUGUUUUACGCUAGCUUUGUUUGUUUUUACUUGUUAUAUAGACACACCGUAAUUAAUUGGAUGCACAUAAUCAAAAUAAAGAAAUGGUAAUGGAGUACAUGUAAAAUGUUGCUAUAAUCGGUAAAAAAAAAUUGUAAGUAUUUUGUUAUUACAGCUAAAAGUCCAAGUAUAUUGCCAUAACAGUUGAAGAAGCAAAACUUGUUGCUAUUUAUAGCAAUUCACCUCACUUAGAAAAAAUCUGUGGACAUUGUAUUAAGGACAUAAUUUUUAUUUAAAUAUCAUUACAAGUGCUUGUGGGUGGCACACAUUCUUUACUUCAAAUAUCAUUAUAGGGGAUCUGCAUGUUAUAUUUAUUUCUUUACUAGACAUCAUAAUGUUAGCUUCUUUAGUUUUUGUUAUAAAUGCUUUAAUAUAUAAUGGUGCCCUUAAGCUUUAGUGGUUAGCACUAAAACAAAUGGUGGACCACUGCAAUUAAAUUUAGACAAUAUGCACUGUAUUAUGAACAGUUUGCUCACCAAAAUGUUCACAGCUUUUGUGAUACAUUUUGAAGGUCCAAGUUGGGAUUAUGCCUCUAAUAAUAUGAAUAAUGACAUGGCUCUAGGGAAGCUGAAUUAUUGUGCAAUGAUUUGUAAAUAGAAAUCCUAAAAACUCGUGUGAUUGUUAUGAAAGGAAUGAUAAGAUUUGUGUAAAGUAGGGAAACAUCACAAUAUAGUUUACAUAAGUUGAAAAACUUGAAAUGUAUUACAAUCCAAGUACCAUAUACUUCAGAUAACAAUAUUCUGUAUGCAAACAUAUUGAAAUCAAGAAAAAAGACGUGCAUGCAUUUGUAAGUUUGUCACCAUGGCUGCUGAUACUAUUUCUUCAGUUUCUUUUGAUUUCUUUAUUUGAAAGUAGGUCAAUAUAUUAGAGAGCCUUUUCCUUUUCCAUUCAAUAUUUUAUGCUGUGGGUGGUGUGGAUUCCACACUCCUUCCAUUUUAUAAGCUCAUCUUUAUGGACUCCACACACCAUUGAGUUUUAUAUGUUUAAUUUGAGAUACUGUUUCAUUUUUAUAUUGAGUGGAUUGAGGCAGCCAUAAUGUUGAUUCCACUAUCUUUAAUAUUUAUAUGAGGUUGAAUACUCAAACUUAAGUUGUGAGUGCACACUAGUCUUUCCUUUUCAUUAUAAUUUAAAAGAAGGGUAAGCUCUCCCUAUUAUAUUAUUGUUCAAGUAGAACACAUCACAGCAUACAAAUUUAUUCUGCUAGAAAAAGAAUAUUUGGUGGCAUAAUGCAAAGGUAGGCUCAUCUUGCAGGUCUAAACCUAAUAAGGUAUACAGUAAAUCUUAAACAUAUGCCAGGGUAGCAAGCAUGAAUCCAGUAGAGAUAGGAAUGUUUGGUACAGAUGAAUAUAAAAGAAACAAACUAAUAAUACUUAUAAAAACAAAUUAAGUUGGGGUAUACAUAUAUUAUAACACAACUUAAGUUGGGGAUUUAUUUAACUUGUAGCUGUAAAUUGUAUUAGUGCUGUUUUCUUUUUUUACUUAUGAAGGUCUGUGUAUGUUUUUCUCAUUUAGAUGCUGAGUGCAUAUGGUGGCAAUUGUGUGGAUUCCACAAGCUUUGAAUUUUUUAAUCAUCAAAUCUUCCCUUGUUUUGUAUGUAGUAUUGUCUCUUUUUAUUUCUUUAUAAUAAUAAACAUACCAAAAUCUGAGGGAUUGUGGAUUUCCCACUAUCUUUAACUUUAUUAACCACCUACCCACUGAUAUCAUUAUACACAAAUGCAUACUAUAUAUAACACAUAGGAGGGAUUCCAUCUUUCACAAGCAACACUUCAUUUAUCAUUCUUUGUGAUAUAAUUUUCACAUUCUUUCACCAUCAUGGCUGGAAAUAUUGAUCUAUGCAUUCGGGUUUCUGAGGACAAAUCUGAACAAGAACAUGGCCACAUCUGUAUACAAGACGAAGAAUUUGACUACUCACAAAGGGGACAGUGGCUGCGUGCUGCUGUUUUGGGAGCCACUGAUGGUUUAGUCUCUGUUGCGUCUCUGAUGAUGGGUGUUGGAGCUGUGAAGGAAGAUGUGAGAGCCAUGAUUCUUACAGGCUUUGCUGGCUUAGUUGCAGGUGCAUGCAGUAUGGCAAUAGGUGAAUUUGUUUCAGUGAGCUCCCAACGAGAUAUAGAGGUUGCUCAGAUGAAAAGAGAUAAGAAAAUUUCAGGAAACGAGGAGGAAAGUGAGAAGGAAGCACUCCCGAAUCCCAUUCAAGCAGCUGCAGCAUCAGCCUUAGCAUUCAUGUUGGGGGCCAUCAUGCCUUUACUUGCUGCUGCUUUCAUAAUGGACCAUAAAGUUAGGCUGGGGGUGGUGGUAGCCACAGUGAGCUUGGGGCUUGUGGUUUUUGGGUGGAUUGGGGCUGUUCUUGGGGGGAGUCGGGUGGUGAAGUCUUGUUUUAGGAUUCUGGUUGGAGGGUGGAUGGCUAUGGCUAUUACUUUUGGACUUACCAAGUGGAUAGGAUCUACUGGCUUGUAGUUGCAUCAGAAUAAUGUAUUUUCUCUUUUUCAUAUUGUAUCGUUUGAAACUUCAACUUUGUAUGUAUUAUACUCCUGCUAUAGCCAUAAGGUUGUUGGUUCCAAUCCUACAAAGAUGUUAUUGUCAAUCCAUCAGGUGUUUUCAUGUCA